AGCGGGGCGGGGCCAGGGGGUGACACGUCGGACGGCGGCGCCGCCAGCGGGAGCGGCAGCCGGAGCCGCCCCCGGUCCCGUCCCGGCCAUGCGGCUGUCGCUGGUGCUGUCGGUGCUGCGGCCCGCCGGGCCGGUAGCUAUCGGCGUCUCGCUGGGCUUCACCCUCAGCCUGCUCAGCGUCACCUGGGUGGAGGAGCCCUGCGGGCCGCCGCCGCGCCCCGCCGCCCGCCCGCGCCCCGACGACGGCCCCGCGCCACCCCCCGGCCCCGGCAACACCAACGGUAACGCGGCGCGCAGGCCCAACGCUGUGCCCGCCGGGAUGGGCGCCGACAGCUGGGAGCCCCGUGUCGUGCCCUAUCGCCCGCCCAGCCCCGGCAGGGCCGCCAAGAAGGCCGUCAGGACCCGGUACAUCAGCACAGAACUGGGGAUGCGACAGCGGCUCUUUGUGGGUGUGCUGACCUCCAAGAGCACACUGAACACACUGGGGGUGGCCGUCAACCGCACACUGGCCCAUCGCCUGGAGCGCCUGGUGUACUUCACUGGCACACGGGGCCGCAAGGUGCCCCAUGGCAUGACGGUGGUGACACACAGUGAUGAGCGGCCCAUCUGGAACAUGUACCAGACCAUCAGGUAUCUGCUGGACCACUACGUGAAUGAUUUUGACUGGUUCUUCCUGGUGCAGGACGACACCUACACAGAGGCACACCGCAUCGGCCGCCUAGUUGCCCACCUCAGCAUUGACACCCAUCUCUACAUGGGCCGUCCUGAGGAAUUCAUUGGUGGCGACACUGACCGACGCUACUGCUAUGGGGGGUUUGGCUACCUGCUGUCCCGCAGCCUCCUCCUGCUCCUACAGCAGCACCUGGAGAGCUGCCGCAAUGACAUCCUCAGUGCCCGGCCCGACGAGUGGCUGGGCCGCUGCAUCAUCGAUUACACAGCUGUCAACUGUGCUGAGGAGCACGAGGGCCUGCGGUACCACUAUUUUGAGCUAGGAAAGAACACGGACCCCGAGCGGGAGAUGGACCUUCGUUUCCAGAGCGCCUUCACUGUCCACCCUGUGCUGGAUCCCCUCCAGAUGUACCGACUGCACAAGUACUUCGCACAGGUGGAGCUUGAGAGGACCUACCAGGAGAUCCAGCAGCUCCAGUUGGAGAUCCAGAACGCCAGCAGCCUGUCCGCUGAUGGGGACCAUGGUGCCACAUGGCCCAUUGGCAUCCCACCCCCCUUCCAGCCCAAAACCCGCUUUGAGGUGCUGCGCUGGGACUACUUCACAGAGGAGCAGGUCUAUGCCUGCAUGGAUGGUUCCCCCAAAUGUGAGCUGCGUGGUGCAGACCUGGCAGAUGUGGCUGAUGUGGUGGCCACGGCCAUGGAGGAACUGAACCGCAAGUACCAGCCGGUGCUGCACGUCCGCAAGCAGCAGCUGGUGAACGGGUACCGGCGCUUUGACCCCACGCGCGGCAUGGAGUACACGCUGGACCUUCAGGUGGAGGUGGUCACCCAGAAGGGGCAUAGCCGUUCAGUCACCAAGCGUGUGCACCUUGUGCGACCCCUCAGCGAGGUGGAGAUAAUCCCCAUGCCCUACGUGACAGAGGCCAGUCGCAUCAAUGUCAUCCUGCCACUGACGGCCCAUGACCGGGACCACGCUGCCCGCUUUUUGGAGGCUUAUGCAGCAGCUGCUUUUGAGAGCAGUGAGAAUGCAGUGCUCACCUUCCUCUUCAUCUAUGACCCCUUUGAGGCCCAGCAGGUCACACAGAAUGACAUCUUCGCCCCUGUGAAGGCCCAAAUCACCAAAUAUGAGCGCAAGUAUGCAGAGGUGAAGAUCCCAUGGAUCAGCGUCAAGACAGACGCACCCUCCCAAAUCAAGGUCAUGGACAUAAUCUCCAAGAAGCAUCCUGUGGACACGCUUUUCUUUGUGGCCAGCGUGGGGACAGAGGUCACCAUUGACUUCCUGAACCGCUGCCGGAUGAACACCAUCAGUAACUGGCAGGUCUUCUUCCCCAUCCACUUUCAGGGCUACAACCCUGCCAUCGCUUACCACAACCAGGUGCCGCCCCCCACGCUGGACCUGCUGCGGGACGCGGGGCGCUUCGACCGUGAUGUCUUCCAUGAAGCCUGUUUCUACAACGCUGACUACAUGGCAGCACGCACCCGCAUGGCAGGUGAUGUGCAGGAAAAUGAGGACAUCCUGGAGACCCUGGACAUCUAUGACAUGUUCAUCAAAUACUCCAACCUCCAUGUCUUCCGUGCUGUGGAGCCCGCCCUGUUGCAGCGCUACCGGCACCAGGCCUGCAACCCCCGGCUCAGUGAGGAGAUCUACCACCGCUGCGUGCAGAGCAGCCUGGAGGGCCUAGGCUCUCGCUCCCAGCUGGCCAUGGUGCUUUUUGAGCAGGAGCAGGGGAACAGCACCUGAACCUCAGGGUGCGGAGGGACUGGCCCUGCCUUGCCUGCCCUGCCUCUUCUGCUGCCUACAUCUGUCUUCCUCUUCCCAGCAGAGCAGGGACCAUUGGCACCUGAGCUUGUGACUCUCCCAGCUGGGGCUGCCCAGGCUGGGGUCUGCCAGCCCAGGAUGUCCUGCUCUUUCCAGCAUGGCUGUGCAGACCCCAGGGUGAGGUGGGGUCAGUGUCGCUGAGCUGUGAGCCAGGACACCCAGAUCCUCACCCCACGGCUGCUGGCUGCCAGCCCCAUCCCCUGCUCCCACUCCUGCUCCCCAGCUGGGAGGUGAUGGGCUGCCCUGUCCCUGCUGUGUCCCCUCAACCAGGGGUACACACAACCCAAGGCUGCCUUGCUGUGGGGCCAUGACUGCCGUGGGGCUGGGGGUGACCCCUCACCAUUCCCCCAGCACCCCUGCACAGGGCUGUGCCCCUCGCUCCUUUGGAGCAUUGACCUAGUUGUGCAGGGGAGGCUGUGUCCCUGUGCCUGCCACAGGCUCAGACGGUGGGAUGGGGCACAACCCAACCCAAAAGAGCAAUAAGGAGGUUGGUUUUGGGAUUUUGCCACUUGGCAACGAGCCAGAGCACUCCUAGCUGGUCAGGGUGGGGGAGUCCUGGACGCCAGGGCUGGUGGGCACAGGGGGUGCCAGAGGGGAUCCUGCUGUAUUCACAAUCCAUGAGCUGCUCCCCAUGGGAACCGUGACCCAGGCCGCUUCGGCCUUCGCAGUAUCGAUAGGACGUCGGAGGUCGCAGCCCUCGUACGAGAGCCUCCUGACAGAGGUGAGAGCCCUCCUGGCCACGGGGGAUGCGGUGCCCAGCUUGGUGGGCAUGGCAGAGGGUUUGGCUGUGCAUCUCCUAAGGAGAAAGCGACUGAGGAGCCACACUCUGCUCCUGGUUGGUAUUUAAUAGUGGGUAGAGGAGGCGGGGGGGGGGGUGAGUUUACACUAAUAAAACAGAGAGAUGAACCAC